AUGUACAAGAACCGAACCACGUCUAAAAUAAAGCUCUAUCCUUUUCCUGUGGCUACUAAGAUGGACUCAAAACAAUCCGAAAUCGUCGAGCAGUUCCAGCAGUCGAUUCUAAGACCACAUGAAGAAGAAGAAGUGGAUUCUGACGACUUAGUUGAACUUUUAGAUGAAGAUGAUUCCGUCAUGGCUCAAUAUAGAGCUCAAAGAAUCCAACAAUUAAGCUCUCAUAUAAAAGAAAUACGACAUCGUCAAGCCCAAGACUCAGAUGAAUUAGGACAAGUUCGUACUAUUGAGAAGGAAAGUGAUCUUAUGGCUCUUGUUACCAAAGAAGAUAAAGUUUUGGUUCAUUUCUAUCAACCAGAUUUUGUCAGAUGCAAAACCAUGAAUGAAAAGCUUGAAUUAAUUGCAGAAAAGCAUUUGGAGUUGAUGGUGGUAGUUAUAAAGGCUGAAAACGCACCUUUCCUUGCUAAUAAGCUCCAUAUUAAGCAGCUCCCGUUUGUUGUGGGGUAUAUCUAUGGUAAACUGGUACUUAAACUUCUUGGAUUCGAACAAUUGGGUAACAAUCCAAAUGAUUUCCCAAUUCAAGUACUUGAAAAUCAUCUCCUUAGAGCUAAUUUAAUCAAACAUGAAACCAUAAAUCAUUCUCGUGCAUUACAAAGGGGGGUUCAUGAUUCAGACUCUGAAGAUUUCGAUAUCUAA